CAACGAUAAACUUCGCCAUUCGUAAAUGUCUUGCAGCCGUAAUAUCAUCGAGCCGUUUAUGUUUUACUCCUAAAUGACUCUGAAACAACAACAUGUCUAACGCGCUGUUAGCAGAAGUUGGUUGGGACGCGGGUUUUGCCAUCCCUGUAGCCAAUGAAGAGAAUAAAGCAUUGCAGGAGGAGCUCCAAAAGAAGCAAAAAGAGCAUUUAAACCUUGAGAACAAGAUAAAUAAAAACAAGGAUGUGAUAAAUGCACUGACUGAACACCUCAACAAUCUACGACAGGAGGUUUCCCACACUCAGGCAUUGUGCAAAGCCAGAGAGAAGGAGACUGAGUCAGAGGUGCAUUUCAGAGCCCUGGCGGAGCGAGAGACAGGCCGCCUGAAGCAGGAGAUCAGUCAGCUGGAGAAUCAACUGAAAACACUGAAUGAGAAGAAGAACACACAAGAGAACAUCAUCUUUAAAGCCACCCAGAAGCUGGAUGAGCUGAAGAGUCAGCUGAACUGGGAUCAGCAGACCCUGGAGGCCUGGCUGCAGGAAUCAGCACACAAGGACGAAGACACCAUGGCCAUCAUCAAGUACGCCAAGCAAGACGAGAGCAAGAUUCGAGAGCUGACGCUGAAAAUUGAGAAGUUGACUCUUGAAGCCAACCAGAAGAGAAAAGCCUUGGACAGUGAAGUCACUGAGACUGUUACAGCACAGGUGGCUCUUGACAAGACAGCCGAGAGUUUUCGUCAGGCUCACAGUGAGAGACAAGAGAUGAUCAGCCAGUGGGAGAACACCAUUGAACAAAUGAGAAAAAGAGACCAGGAGAUACAGCAGUGUGCCAUGAUGCAGGCAGAGGUGAACCAACUAAUAAGAGAGAAGAAUUAUUUGCUGAAGGAGAGGAAGGACUUCAUGGAGCGUGAGAUAGAGAACAAUAAAGAGCUGGAGAGGAAUAUAAGUGCGGCUGAACGUCAGGCGCUUCGACUCAGGCAGCAGCUCCAGGAAGAGGAGAGGAACCAAAGACGUCUGCAGGACGAGGUGGAAGUGCUGAAGGGAACUUUAGACCGAAUAGCCACAGAUGUGGAGACCACCCGAUCUCAGUUAACCAGCAUGAAAAAGGACAUUCAGCACAAAACAGCAAAAGUUGAAGAGGCAAAGCUACAUAACGCUGCUCUGAAGGAGAAACUGCAGAUGGUGACAGAGGCGGUGCUGGAUGGUGAAGGACAAGCAGCACAGAUGGAGCAACUGUACAGAGAACAGGAACAGAGCAUCAAAGAGAUGGAUUCUCAGCUGCUCCGGCAGAGAGAGCUCAUGUUCAGAAAGAGUCAGGAGUUGCAGGGACUGCGUGAUAAAGAGAAGUCCACCACAGCUGAGAUCUGCGCCACACGGGCUGCUAUCUCCAACCUGGACAGCAGACUCAGCAAACUGGACCAGAACUUGCUCAAACAGCAGAUGAUCAUUUCCAACCAGGACUUUCAGAUCCAGAUGCUGGAGAGGAAGACUUCACACCUGCAGGGAAAGGUGAACACAGAAGAAAAGGAAGCUCUGGAGAAGAAGGCGUCUGAUCUGGCUGAAGCUCUAGAGGAGAAGAAGAGGACAGCCAGCACCCUCACCACACAGCUGAAGAAACUCCAGGAUGAUAUCCGCUGCGUUAGGAAAGACACAGAGAAGAUCGGAGCAGAAAAGAGAGAACUGACCUCCAAGAUCCAGGAGAUGGAACUCUUCAUUAACAACUCUGAGAAAGACCAGAAAAAACUCAGGCUCAAAAAACAGGACAGCAUGGUGGAGAAAGGUCUCCUGAAGAUGGAGGUGCAGCGGCUGAGAGGUCUGCUGUAUGACCGAGCAGAUGGAGUGCUGAGUCUGGAGAAGAGACGUCUGCAGCUGCAAGCGGCCAUGAAAGAGAGAGAAGAGGAGAUCCACGUGCACAGAGAGAUGCUCGCUAAACAGGUCAAGCUCACUGAGCAGGAGAGACAAGGGCUCAGUGCUGCGAUGAAUGAGAGACUGUUCAAAAUUGACAAGAUGAGGAAGAGGUACGAGAUCCUUACUGUUUCUCUGGCUGCACCAGAGGGAGAAGAGGAGAAAUCCCAGGCCUACUUCAUUAUAAAGGCAGCUCAAGAGAAAGAAGAACUCCAGCGGCAGGGAGAUGAUUUGGAUGCCAAAAUCCGCAAGACAGAGAAAGAGAUCCAUGCACUGGAGAACACCCUGCAGGUCGUCAACAACUGCAAUACAACCUAUCGCAAAUCCCUGACCAAAGUCACAGAGUCCAGUCCUGCGCACCAGGAGAAACUGAAGCUGGAGGAGCAGAGACGAGCGGCCGAGGAGAAAUACAAAUAUAAAAAACGGCAAAUGAGAGAACUGCAGGAGGACAUUGAGAGCAUGUCCCGCACACUGGACGGUCUUCUUCAAGAGGAAGCAGUCCAGAAUGAGACCAUUGAGAAGACUCAAGCCCAUGUGCUCUCUCUCAACCACUCCAUCCUCUCUCAAGAGGAGAAACUCAAUAGAGCCACCAAACAGUGUGCCAAAUAUACCAGGGAAAUCCGGUCUGCUAAAAACACCAAAGAGAAGACAUUUGAGGAGCGCGACAUAGAGCUACGUGAACUCAGAGAAUGCAAUAAAAGCGUAAAUAAGAUGCUCCUUGAAGCCAUGGAGGAGAAUCCUGAGCUUUCUUCUGCAUUGCAGAUGCGUUUUAUGCAGGCUGGUCUGUCCCUGCCCUCUCCCGCCUCCACCCCCUCCAGUCGUCUGAGCUCAAAGAUCAGCUCAGCCCGCAGUUCUGCUUCACUCCAGCGACACAUCAGAUCCUCAAAUCCCUCAGCCAGCAGCAGUCCCAGAAGCCAGUCUGUCACGUCCCCUGCAGUGAAAAGAGUGGAUCUGGGUUUGGGCCUCUCCAUCACGUCCCCGCAUGGCUCUCGGCCGCCCAGCGCUGGCAGCAGCACGAGCAGCAAGUGCAAAAGCCCUUAGACAGAUCUCACGCCAGUCUCUAUGAAGAGAAGUCAUUGAAUUAUACCAUUACCACCAUUCCUCUUAUUCCACUUAUAUGUACUCAAUGUUUCAUUUAUCCAGUUCAGUGAUUCUUUAAAAUGGCUUUAGUUGUUUAAAAUUCACUUUUAUGUUUUAAGUCCCUAGAUUUAUAUUAGAUUUUUCAAGGAAAAAUACUAUAGACUUGUAGACACACAGUUUGUUUAAUGACCUUUCACAAAAAUGCUUUUGUUUGAAAGUGCACACACGGGUCUUGUUUAGUUCACUACUUGGAUUAUGUUAUGUGGCGGCAACAAGAAAGAAACAAUAAAACCCUACAUUUGUGAAA